AUGGUUUCUAUCAAUAAACUCGAUAGAGAAGAACUUACUGCUAUUAUUGCUCAAGAAUUACAUAUCGAUGUCGCAUUUCCUUGUUUUUCUGUUGAAGAGCAAACCGGAGCGACCGCAUGUUGUGUGGUACAUAAACAUUGGCUAUCUAUUUUAAAACAAGCAAGACGCGGAGAUACUAUACAACUAAAACGAUUUACUAAUUCUCGUUCUCCUUUGAAUUCCAACAAUAAUUCUGAUCAAUUGAAUACCGAUGAUUGUCAAGCAUCCACCACAAAUGUUUUGGUCAGCGUUUUUUUGAAACGUCAGAUACCAGGAAAUCGAAGACCACAGUUGUUUUCAAAAGUAAAUUCUCGUAACAGCGAUGCAUCAUCAGAUAAAUAUGAAGAAGAUUUAGAACUACCAAUAAGAACGUUUCUUAAAGAACAACUUGAAGAUAAACCAAUGUCAAGUUUGGAAGAAAUCGAGGCGCAGUAUAAUAGUUAUGUCCCGAUAUUUAUAGAUCAUCAAUUUCAGAAUGAUGAUGUUCUAACUGACUUAGAAAUCCAGUUGGCUAGACAAGAGGCUUUUGUUAAAACAUUCAUAGAAAUCUUAUAUCCGGAGAGUGCCUAUUUUCGAAUCAAAUCACCACCCACAGACGAUUCAUUGUCUAUUGAAUUAUUAUCUAUUCCUGAUUGGUCUUCCGAAGUGCCAACCACGAGCCCUAAUUUAAUCGAUGUUUUUGCGGUAUUAGAAUCAGAUCGAGCUUUUUAUUUUAUGGCUCCUUAUCGUGGAACUACACUGCAGGAUUUAUUGAAGUUUAGUUCCGGCGUAUUGGAUUCUAACGUUAAGAAGUCGUUUAUUUUAUACCAAUUGUUGAAAACUGUACAAAAACUUCAUCAAAAAGGUGUGAUUCAUGGAGGACUCAAACCGUCAAAUAUUUUGGUGGAUGAGAAUUUAUGGGUGACGCUUACUGGAUUCGAAUGUUCGGUUCCUAUAUGCGAUAAUAAAUAUCAUUAUUCACAAGAAGUUGCAUUGGGAAAUAUUCCAAAAGAAAUACAAGAUGAUACGCUUACCAUGAAAUGGGUUCGAGGAGAUAUAAAAAAUUUUGAUUAUAUAUUGUCCUUGAAUUAUCUUGCCGGACGUAGAAUUGGUGAUCCAAAUUUUCAUCCAAUAUUUCCGUGGAUAACGGAUUUUACCGGGUCAGAUGUUUCAAAAUAUUGGAGAGAUUUUACAAAAACAAAAUUUCGUCUAAAUAAAGGUGACGAACAAUUAGAUUUCACAUUUGAUGGCCCGAUACCUCAUCACAUUACAGAUAUUUUGUCAGAUAUUACUUAUUAUGUUUAUCUAGCACGAAAAACACCUGUUCCGGUGUUGUGUCAAUAUGUGAGAACAAAAUAUGAACCCAAUGAGUAUCCAUCAUCUUUACAAAGAUUAUUUGAGUGGACGCCUGAUGAAUGUAUUCCUGAAUUUUAUACAGAUCCAAGUAUAUUUACUUCAAUACAUCCGGAUAUGCCCGACUUACAAUUGCCAAUGUGGGCAUCUUCCGCCAAAGAAUUCAUAAAAAUUCAUUCUGAAGCUUUAGAAAGUGAUCACGUGUCGAGUAAUCUACAUCAAUGGAUAGAUUUGACUUUUGGAUGUAAACUUAGUGGUAAAGAUGCCGUAGAGGCCAAGAAUGUAGCGUUGCCACUGAUAGAUGGACAGAAUUCAUUUAUGAAGCAUGGAAUUACGCAGUUGUUUUCUGAUCCACAUCCACAAAAAUCCAUAAUAAAGAACGUUGAAGGACGUUCAACCGUAUAUAUGAAUGGAGACAGAACGUUAUUAGAAAAAUACGAAAUGAUUUCCUCCAAACGAAGGAUUCCAUCUAAAAUAACAAAUUCGGAUUUUAAGACAACUUCAGAGCUGAUGACAGAUUUUCUUAAUAGUAACGGAACGCAUAAAACUAUAGGAAAAUUAUAUCAUCAAACUGUUUCACCCAAUGUUAGAAAUUCUAAGUCACCAAAACUUGGUCCUACAACACCAAGAUCAUUAUCUUUAUAUGAGGUCGUCAGUAGUAUUGAUGAAAAAAAAGAUAAUUCGUCAAACGUUCCUUCAACGGCGGUAACAGCAGCUAUGGUAACAAAUUCGGAUUCAAAAGAUCGUAUUGAAAUAUUGCUAACAUUAAUUAAUUCUUUACCAAUACAUUUACCUGAUGAUAUGAAUAAUGAAUCUUUUAUAGAGAAAUUAAGUAAUUUUGAACAAGCUCAUUCUUUUGCUGCAAAGUAUUUACCAAAUAAUAAUGAUUUAAAACAAAAUAAUGUUAAUAAGGGGUUAUAUGAAACAAACAUUGUUCAUGAUCCCCAGCAGAAACGUAAAUCGGUUUAUAAUGAGAUUAUGGAACCAAAUGAAAUGCUUUUUGCAUAUGGAAGAGCUUGGGACACUUAUUGUCUUGGUAAAAUUAUUGAAAGUAUUUAUCAUACGCCAACGGAUGAUAUAAAUUUAUCAUUGCUAUGUAAUAAAACAAAUCGGGAAGAAAAUCAAAAAAAAAGUAAUUCCAAGUUACCAUUACCAAUUCAAGGGGUUAUUUCUUCGUUACUUAAUCAGGAUUGGAGAAAACGUCCAUCAAUUGAUUCCAUAUUAUAUUGUUCAGUACCAGUUACAAGUUUAUGUGAUCAAUGUGUUACGUUUCCUUUACCCAUUUGCAUACCGGAAGUUUAUGAAUUUUUAACAGAUUUUCAUAAAGUGGAUUGGAUCGGAAGAUUGAAAUUGGCUGAACAUUGGAUGGACAGAUUGUGUAACUUUACUGAUGAGGCAUUUUACAUGAUAUUACCAAGUCUCGUUUUGUUGUUUACUCAUGAUUCUAUAAAGUUCGAAGCAUUAAAUAUUUUUUCAAGCCUUGGACAGAGAUUAGGAAAAGAUGAGACUAAGACUCACCUUUUAAAACCUAUUGUUUCCUUAUUUGAGUCUUCAAAGCCUUCAAUUCCAAAAAUUCUGUUUGAUUCUGUUAUUAUUAAGGAAUUUAUACAUAAAUUUGGAAUUCCUAAUUUCCUUCAGCAAUUAUUUCCACUCUAUCUAGAAUCUUUGACAAUCGAAGAAAAUGUACUACCAUAUACACAUGGAACGAACAGUUUCUUAGAACUUCCGCAUAAUUAUAAUGAUCAAAAUUUACACCAUAAUUUAAACAAUGCAAAAAAAUUCUCAAACAGAGAAAUGGUUGCAAGCCCAAUAUCAAUAUUAACAAGUAGUCUGGAUAAUGCAUUACCAAGUGUAGCGCUUUUGGCAAAUGGGGCACUUGUAGAUAUAUGUACAUUAUUAGGUCCUAUUUUGAGCAGCAAAUAUAUUAUGAAGCAGGUUUAUAAAAUGUUUUUAAAAGAAAGUUCCACUUUGAAUUUUUUGAUGCAAAGUGUUUUGGCUAUUGGAAAUCAAUUUGGAGAAACAUUUACACAAUUACAAUUCACUCAAGUUAUUAGUAUAAUACAACAAUAUAGUGAUUUUACAAUGAAUAAUAGGAAUUAUGCUAUAUUAUGUAAUCAUUUCUCAUUACUAGAAAAGAUAAUGAAAAAUAAAUUUUCCAUUAGUAUCAAAACAAUGGAAUUUAUAUUAAAUAUUUGUAAUCAUAUCGAAAAGGGUGAAUGGGAGAAACAUAUUGCACCCAUUCUAGUUAAGUAUUUUGAAUUAUUUGGAAAAUCUGUUCAAAAUGAUGGAAAAGUGGAUGAAGUCACUUUAAGUAAGCUGGAGCAGGAAAGGGAUCAGCAGAUUAUGUAUGCAUAUUCCCAAUUUUGUACAUUAUUUGAAAAAGAGACUAUAAGACAAGCUAUUCCUAAUAGUGAAAUUAUUGAGCCGGCUAUAUCGGAUUCUUCAGAGUCUUAUCCAUCUUCAUGUCGUACCAUGUCCCCAUCAUAUUCAUUAACUGAAACUCCAAGCGAUCGAAUAUCAAUAACAUCAGCAUCUUCUGAAAACACUUUACAUAAAGAAAAAUCUCCAAUUACUUCCAUCUUGGCAGUAACUCCAACAAAUUCGCGUUGGAAUAUAAAUUUUGAAGAUAAAAAACAUUUGACGUUGUUACCAAGUACUAAUACUUCUAUAACGAAAGAAGUGGCAACAAUAACUACGUCAGCCGCUACGACUUCAUCAGGAUUUAGUGUUAAUCGGGCGCUUAGUAUGUUCGGUAAUGGAGAAGUUGCUAGUAAGAAAUUACAGGACAUCAAUCAUGGUGGAAGUGGCGGUUCUCCUACGAGAAGUAUUAGUAUGACAACUUCAGUGUCUUCUAAAAAUAAUCAUAUUUCAAAUUCUGGUGGGCCCAAGAAGUCGAAGUUAAAAGUCAAUUUAUCUUGGAGAACCAAAAGUUCUUCUAAUGAAGACUUAAAGACUUUUCAAGGCCAUGUAUCGGCUGUUCGUUCCAUGGAUAUAAAUGAACAUAGUCGAUUAAUUGUAUCAGGUUCAAAAGAUCGUACAGUAAAGUUAUGGUCUUUAAAUAUUCAUCAAGGAAUAGAAAAUAGUUUAAUUGAGCCUUAUUCAGAAUGUUUGAAGACAUAUACCGGACAUAGAAAGAGCACGAUCGGAGAUGUACAUUUUAUUGGUGGAGGUGAUAAUUGGGGAUUAGGCGAUAAUAUUGUUAGUUGCGACGGUCAAGUUCAUAUAUGGGAUCCUGAAACUGGAAGUACUUUACAUCAAUUUGGAAAUUUUAAAAAUCCAUAUUUAUCGAUUAAACCAAUAUUUAGAUCAACUUUAGUUGGAGGUUUAGCCGAUACAUCGAUCACGCAAUCAAAUAGUCAUUUACUCCCAUGGAGAAGUGCUCCGAUAUUUGCUGGCAAUAUUAGAGUUGUGUGUAUUAAUCCAUGCGAGACUUUAAUUGCUGUUGGAUUUACUAGUGGGGUUAUUUCGUUAUUGGAAUCACGAACAGGGACCUUAAUUUCUAGUUGGAAAGCUGGCGAUACUGAUAUUGUUCACAUGAAAUUUUAUGCAAACAAUUACUUGGUAUCUUGUGCUCCGGCAGAUCAUGUGAUUUAUAUUUGGGAUACUGAUACAGUUAAUUUAAUUAAAACCAUUAGAGUUAAUUCAGAUAUAGUAGCAUUGAAUAUGUAUAAAGAUGAAGUUAUUACAAUUAAUAAUAGUAAUACGAUUACAUUCUUUCCAUUAAAUGAUAAUAGUUCUACAAUUAAAUCUUCGAUCACUUGUUUAGGAAUAUUACCUAUUAACCAAUUAUUGUUAUUAGGGUGUUUAGAAGGAGAUUUAUUUUUGUAUGCUUAA